UGAAGAGCAGAGCUAAACCAUUAACAGAAUCGUACCGAACUGAACCGGGUUGGUUUGUUUGGUUAGGUGAUGGAGGAGGAAGGAUCGUCGAUGCAGUCAAAGUACAAAGGAGUGAGGAAGAGGAAGUGGGGGAAAUGGGUGUCAGAGAUCAGACUUCCCAACAGCAGAGAACGCAUAUGGUUGGGGUCUUACGACACUCCCGAGAAGGCGGCGCGUGCCUUCGACGCUGCUCUUUUCUGCCUCCGAGGCAGCGGGGCUAACUUCAACUUCCCCGAUAAUCCUCCGGCGAUCAGCGGCGGAGGAAACAUGUCGCGGUCGGAGAUCCGAGAAGCGGCUGCGAGGUUCGCUAACUCGGAGGAGAAUGUCGCGAGGGAGAAGGACGAGGAGAUGAUGCAGCAAGAGUGUACUACACCCUCGGCGGCUUCGUCUUCGAUGAUGAUGAUGACGAUGGACGUUGAUGACUCGGAGUUUUUGAGUAUGCUUCCGACGGUUGGUUCGGGUAAUUUCGCUGCCGAUUUCGGGUUGUUCCCCGGGUUUAAUGAUUUCUCCGAUGAGUACUCCGGCGAGCGUUUCAGAGAAGAGCUUUCACCUACAAGGGAUUAUGAGAGUUACGAUGGCUCGGCGGUGCAUCUUUGGAAUUUUUGAAGUUUGUUUUUUUUGGGCAAGACGGCCAUAUCAACUUCGCUUCUAGAAUUUUAAUUUGGAUUUAUUUAUUUAUUUGUAAUUCUUUGCCCAUUUUUUGGGAUCAUUAUUUCGAUAGUGAUUCAUUAUCUUCCUCAAUUUUUUGUUUGUUUGUUUAAAAAUGAAAAAAAAAUUAUCGGUA